GUAUCGCUAUCGAUUGUUGCUCGAAAAGGUUUACGGGGUUUCCAGUUUGCUCGCAGACAGUGGCCGAAUCCUUCAUGCACAGGCACUGAGCAGGCGCAAAAUCGUCGGUCUGAUAUAAUCGCGAAGAGCGAUUCAGUCAAACGAUACUUCUCGCUCCGCGAAUUUCAAUGAACGCUAAAAAAGAUUUGAAUUAUGCGUUCGCUCUGAGUCGCCGAUGGUUGUGGUUGUUGGGCGUAUGGCCGGAUCCGAAUGCAUCUGUGAGUAACUUCCACCGGCUCAACAUGAGAUUCAUCAUCGUCAUGUGCAUCCUGAGCUUUUACGUGAUCAUGCCGCAACUGAGAAACAUAAUCUGCGCUGGGGGCAACAUAGGACGGAUAGUGGAGUGCAUCGCCUCCGUCAACUUCAGCUUCAUGGCACUGAGCAAGCUGUACGUUACUUGGUACCACAACGAAACACUCCGAACGCUCAUGACUUCGGUGUUAACGGACUGGAUGACCUCGAGGAACAGCCGGGAACGCAAUACGAUGCUAAAGUUCGCAAAAAGUGGCAGGAAUUUGUCUUUUCAGUGUUACAUUUACGGCACGAUCUUGUUCAUGUUUUACAUACUCUUGAACUUGCAGAGAAUGUAUCAAAACAUUAUGUUACAACAACAGCAGCGGAAGCUCGUGUAUCACUUCAAUUAUCCUUACAACGUUCAGAAGAGGCCGAACUAUGAGAUUACAUAUCUCAUCCAAAUCAGCGGCGGCACGUACCUGGCUGUUAUUAAUUGUUCUGUCGACAGCUUCAUCUUGAUACUUCUGCUGCAUAUGUGUGCACAAUUGAUAAACCUGCGAGUCGCCCUUAACGAUUUGGUUAAUGAUUUGGCCAAUCACUCGAUAUCCUCGUCAAAAUUUAAGGAAUGCUUGGCGGCGAUCGCCAUGCGCCAUGAACACAUUAUAAGGAACGUGAAGAUGAUCAACGAUUGUUACAGCACAGUAUUGUUGAUAUACGUACUGACUGCUACUUUUCAAAUAUGCUUCGAAACUUUUCAAGUAUUCACGAUAAUAACAGAUCAUCUAGAAAUUUCUGCCUUGAAGAUGUUUUUCCUCUUGAGUUACGCCACUUUCGUAAUAAUGCAGCUGUACCUUUAUUGUCAUUCGGCUGAGAAAUUGUUGACAGAGAGUGUUGGUAUGGCAUACGGCGCAUACGAAUGCAAAUGGUAUGAAUUGUCGCCGAACGAUGCGAAAAAUCUGAUGUUUAUCGUAUAUCGAUCUAAGAUUCCACUGCAGUUGACAGCAGGAAAAUUUGGUACCUUCUCGAUGGAGAUGUUCAUAAUGACAAUGAAAACCGCAAUGGGAUACUUAUCUGCAAUGUUGGCGAUGAGAAAUUAUCGUUGCACCGUCGUUGAAGCCGUUAAGUAUCGAUGGAUGCUGAUCGAGUCUGUAGACUUAAAUUUCGCGAUCGGAUGGAAUCGUUUCAAUUUGGGCCUCGUCGGUAUCUGGCCGGGCCCGUUGCAGAACAUCAAGUGGAUCAGUGGCCUCUCCCGAUGUCGUUUCCUAAUAGCUAGCUUCUUCAUGUUGGGUUUUAUGUGUAUACCGCAAUCAACGAAUCUCAUAUUCAUCUGGGGUAACGCGGACAUGAUGACUGAGAAUCUGGCGACCGCCAAUAUCCCGGUUGCAAACGCCUUCAUGAAAGCGUUCGUUAUCUGGCGUCACAGAAAAGCUUUGCGGUUGCUGAUCGACUUCUUCUAUGAGGACUGGCACGCGCCGAAGACGUUGCAGGAGCGGGCGACGAUGUUGAGAAGCGCGAAGCUCGUGCGAAAGAUCUCCAUCUGGUGCAGCGUGCUCACCCAGACCAUGGUGACCAUCUACAUUGUCCUGAGGCUCUGCUUGAUCGCCAAAUGGAAAAGUGAUUUGGAACGUCCUCUCGUCUACACGGCCUAUUUUCCUUUCAACAUCAAUCGGAGUCCGAUCUUCGAGGUGAUCUGCGUGUGCCAAAUAAUAUCUGCUUACAGUGCCACGUUCUCCUACACUGGUAGCGACAGCUUCAUCUCCAUGUUGGUGCUCCACACGUGCGGUCAGUUCGAGAACUUGCACGCGAAGCUGAAAAAUCUCGCCGACGAUCCACACGAUGCGAAAACCGUCGAAGAGUUCAGACGUGAGCUGACGUGGAUCGUCAAGAGACAUGAACACCUCAACUGGUUCGCGAAGACGAUCGAGGAUACCUUCAACGUAGUAUUCCUGAUACAAAUGCUUUCUUGCACGAUUCAAUUAUGCUUUCAAGGUUUCCAGGUCUUCAGGAUACUAAUAAGCGAAGAGCAAGAUGAAUCAUUGACUUUCCAAUUAAUUUUUCUAACCAGUUUUAUAGGCUUUGUUUUGGCGCAUUUGUUUGUUUAUUGCUACGUGGGUGAAAUACUGCUCGUGCAGAGUACUGGAAUGGGGUUCUCCGCAUACGAGUCCAACUGGUUCAACAUACCAGGAAAAGAAGCCAGAAAUCUGUUAUUUAUCAUGCACAGAUCGACCAUACCUCUUUGCUUGACCGCCGGGAAGUUCGGCACAUUCUCUUUGCAAAUGUUCAGUACGAUCGUGAGAACCUCACUUGGUUAUCUCUCGGUAAUGCUCACUGUGACCGAUCGAACUUCAGAUUUAGCUGCACCGAUGGAGUUCGCGAUGGGCUGGAACAAGUUUAAUCUGACUCUUCUGGGCGUCUGGCCCGAGCCAACCAAGACCUCGCGCACGAUGCGAUGCAUCUCGAGUUUCAUAUUCUGGUCGUCGUCGUUCAUCACAUUCGUAUUCAUAUGUGUAUUCAUACGUCUGCCGCAGACGGCGCAUCUGAUCCUGGAGUCUACCAGCCUGAACAAGAUAGUAGAGAACUUGUUGAUCAACAUACCGAUUAUAUUCGCAUGGACCAGGCAGCUGGUCCUAUGCGCUGACGACACUGGUUGGCCAGAUGCUGAACGAUUGGACCCAGCCAGUUCCGGAACCCAAUCGGCGGCUGAUGCUGAGGAAUGCCCGGUUGAGCCGCAUGUAUCCCUCGUAUGUUCCGUUCUCACGUACAUCAUGGUGAGCAGCUUCAUCGUGCUUCAGAUUUGGGCAAAUGCACAAAACGCCGCGGAGACCGACUUGGGCGGCCUCAUUCAUCCGGCCACCUCUCCUUACGACACCCAGAAGAGUCCGAAUUAUCAGAUCACGUGGCUGGGUCAGUUCAUAGGGACGGUCCUCACGGCAAUUUGCUACUCGUGUUUCGACACGUUCCUGGCAGUGCUAGUGUUGCACCUGUGUGGCCAGCUCACGAUGCUAAAGACGAGGCUGAGGAAUCUGGUUGACGCGACACGGGGCGACAACUUUUUUGCGUACCAAGACAGGCUGAGCUUCAUCGUGCAAAAACAUGAAGAACUUUACAAGUUUGCCAUCCUUGUCGAGGAUUGUUUCAAUUUAACUCUGCCCGGACAAACGAUGAUCUCUACGGCGACGUUUUGUCUGACUGGAUACCGGAUAAUCAUUUCGAUGAGUCAAAACAAGACGGAGCUUCCAGUUGUCGCCAUGGUGUUCUUCGUCGUCCAUGUGACAUACACGAUGUUACAUAUCUUCGUCUACUGCUACGUCGGCGAACAACUUCUGAUUGAGAUCUUGAAAACAUCUGCUGGUUAUUUAUCGGUACUUUUAGCGAUGAGCGAUCGGCUGAAUGAAGAGCAAUAGCACAAUACAAGUCGUAAAGCUAUAAUCGACUGCUUGUUAAAUUAUUACGUAGCACUUAUCACACAUUCAGUUACAUUUAUAUAUUGUUAAAAUACAUGGAGGAAACAUUAUCGCAGCUAAUAAAAAUAUGCAGAUUAAUAUCUAGAAAAAAAGAAUGAUAAUGACAAUAUUCCUCAAUUGUCUAAUAGACAUAUGAAAUAAUUUUAAUUCUUUAACAAACAAAUAUCUUUCUCUUGAAAAACAAAGAAGAUAAAACUUUUGUAGAACUAUUUCUAGCAAAUCACACGAAAUGUGUAAUUAUUCGUGUUUUUUUAACAUUACGUUUCAUGUGUUUAAUAAUUUAAUUAAUGUGCUGCACAAUUAACAUCUAUCGACAGUUGAAAAAUGUGUACGAUAACCAUGAGAGCGACGUCCAUCAUUGACAUUCGCUUGCAGUUUUCUUCGACAGAGGGAACCUUUGUAUUGCAAACAACACAUUCCAUUUGCAAGAUCAAAAACCGCGCAUGCUGUAUUUUGUUUAAUAUUAUUAUAUACUCUUGUGUUUAACUUUUCUUCUGCGGGAAUUAAAUUUUCUUCGGAAAAAGACAUUAGCGUCUACGCGCCGAACAGCUGCCUCUUCCA